GUCGGUGGCGGGGCGAGGGAUCGUCUGGAGGAGAAUGCCACUGUGUGCUGUGGAUGAAGAUGAAGAUGGACUGUCUUCGGGAGAAGACUACAACGGCGGGAUAUGCGUGAAUGGUGGAUGCUGAAUGCUGCAUGUAUUCGUAUACCAUACCCUUAAACAAAAUACAUUAAACAUUCACAUCACUUGUCACACGAAGGUUUUCAUCACAUCACAGUUCACUCAUCUAUCUACCCAUUCAUAUCAGCAGGUGAAAAAUUUCGAUUCAAUGUCAUUCUCAACCCUAACGCCCUAUCCAACUCAUCUCAUCUUGGAGCUAAUAAGCAGUCUUUCCGUGGUUCAAUCUUCCCGUCCCAGGUUCGCCCAAAUCAAGUCAUCAUCUUCGUUCAUCGUUCGUGCCAUACCCCCCAACCCUCAUCUCCCCCUCCACACAAAAGGAACCAAGGGAGUAGUGGUGUCGAUGUCGUUCAUUUAUUUAUGCUACACGCACCCACAUCAUCAGCCUCUUUCCCAUCUCAUCAGGAGUAUCAAAGGGAUAUACGUACAGGGCAGCUAUCGCAAGAGCAGCCAGAGCCGCAGUUGCAUGUUCCAGACGAUGCGCAGCCGCAGUUACCCAUUUUUUCGUUUUGUGAUAAAGGUUUUCUUGGUAGGUAAAUGGUAAUUCAAGUUGAUGGAUUCGAGAUCGAGAUGGAUAUUUGUUUGAAGAUGUAGAUGUAGAUGAUGAUGAUGGAAGAAGUAAUGCCAGAUGUCGAGAGACGAGACAGGUCGUUAUAUAUCCGGCCAUGCGCCUUUUGUGCGGACUAUCAUCUCACGGACUAACGCACCUCUCCCCUUCCUAUUGGUUCGCUCGCU